AUGCAAAUCUGGACCAUCUGGCUGGCCAGAGGCAAGCUGCAGUACGGAAGCAAUGAUUUUCUCCAGGACGAGGGAAGUGUUCCUGGUGGGGAAAAGCCGUUCACCUGCUUGGACUUUGGGAAGGGUUUCACCCAGUCACCUCACUUACAGACACAGCAGCGAGUUCACACGGGAGAGAGGCUAUUCACCUGCUCAGACUGUGGGAAGGGAUUCACCCAGUCAUCUCACUUACAGACACACCAGCGAGUUCACACGGGAGAGCGGCCUUUUACCUGUUCUGUGUGUGGAAAGGGAUACACUCACUCAUCCCACCUACAAACACAUUUUUCAGUUCACACAGGGGAGAGACCGUUCACAUGCUCAGAGUGUGGGAAGGGAUUCACUCGAUCAUCUCACUUAUUGGCACACCUGUCAGUACAUACAGGGGAGAGACCAUUCACCUGUUCUGUGUGUGGGAAAGGAUUCACUCACUCAUCCAACCUACAGACACACCAGCGAAUUCACACUGGGGAGAAGCCGUUCACCUGCUCAGACUGUGGGAAGGGUUUCACCCAGUCAUCUCACUUACAGACACACCAGCGAGUUCACACGGGAGAGAGGCCAUUCACCUGCUCAGACUGUGGGAAGGGAUUCACUUACUCAUCCAACCUGCAGACACACCAGUCAGUUCACACAGGGGAGAGGCCGUUCACCUGCUCAGAUUGUGGAAAGGGAUUCACUCAGUCAUCUCACCUACAGACACACCAGCGCGUUCACACGGGAGAGCGGCCUUUUACCUGUUCUGUGUGUGGAAAGGGAUACACUCACUCAUCUCACCUACAAACACAUUUUUCAGUUCACACAGGGGAGAGACCGUUCACAUGCUCAGAGUGUGGGAAGGGAUUCACUCGAUCAUCUCACUUAUUGGCACACCUGUCAGUACAUACAGGGGAGAGACCAUUCACCUGCUCAGAUUGUGGGAAGGGAUUCACUCGGUCAUCUCAAUUGAAGGAACAUCAGCGAGUUCACACUGGAGAGAGGCCAUUUACCUGUUCUGUGUGUGGGAAAGGAUUCACUCAUUCAUCCAAACUACAGAUACACCAGCGAAUUCACACUGGGGAGAAGCCGUUCACCUGCUCAGACUGUGGGAAGGGUUUCACCCAGUCAUCUCACUUACAGGCACACCAGCGCGUUCACACGGGAGAGAGGCCAUUCAUCUGUUCUGUUUGUGGGAAGGGAUUCACUCACUCAUCCAACCUGCAGACACACCGGUCAGUUCACACAGGGGAGAGACCGUUCAUCUGCUCAGACUGUGGAAGGGCAUUCACUCAGUCAUCUCAAUUGAAGCUACAUCAGCGAGUUCACACUGGGGAGAAGCCGUUCACCUGCUCUGAAUGUGGGAAGGCAUUCACUCAGUCGUCCAACCUUUUGACACACUACCGAGUUCACACUGUGGAAACUUCAUCUCAGCUGAAGGAACAUCAGCGAGUUCAUGCUGGGGAAAUGCCGUUCACCUGCGCGGACUGUGGGAAGGGAUUUCCUCGGUCAUCUCAACUGAAGGUACAUCAACGAGUUCACACAGGGGAGAGGCCGUUCACCUGCUCAGAGUGUGGAAAGGGAUUCACUCAGUCAUCUCACCUACAGACACACCAGCGCGUUCACACGGGAGAGCGGCCUUUCACCUGUUCUGUGUGUGGAAAGGGAUACACUCACUCAUCCCACCUACAAACACAUUUGUCAGUUCACACAGGGGAGAGACCGUUCACAUGCUCAGAGUGUGGGAAGGGAUUCACUCGAUCAUCUCACUUAUUGGCACACCUGUCAGUACACACAGGGGAGAGACCAUUCACCUGCUUAGAUUGUGGAAAGGGAUUCACUCAUUCAUCUCACCUGAAGGAACAUCAGCGAGUUCACACUGGGGAAAGUCUGUUCACUUGCUCAGACUGUGGGAAGGGAUUCACUCGGUCAUCCCACCUUGUGACACACUAUCGAGUUCACACAGGGGAGAGGCCAUUUAUCUGUCCUGUGUGUGGGAAGGGAUUCACUCACUCAUCCAACCUACAGAUACACCAGUCAGUUCACACUAGGGAGAGACCGUUCAUCUGCUUAGAUUGUGGGAAGCGAUUUCCUCAGUCAUCUCAACUGAAGUUACACCAGCGAGUUCACACUGGAGAGAGGCCAUUCACCUGUUCUGUGUGUGGGAAAGGAUUCACUCACUCAUCCAACCUGCAGACACACCAGCGAAUUCACACUGGGGAGAAGCCGUUCACCUGCUCAGAGUGUGGGAAGGGUUUCACCCAGUCAUCUCACUUACAGGCACACCAGCGCGUUCACACAGGAGAGAGGCCGUUCAUCUGUUCUGUGUGUGGGAAGGGAUUCACUCACUCAUCCAACCUGCAGACACACCGGUCAGUUCACACAGGGGAGAGACCGUUCAUCUGCUCAGAUUGUGGAAAGGCAUUCACUCAGUCAUCUCAAUUGAAGCUACAUCAGCGAGUUCACACUGGGGAGAAGCCGUUCACCUGCUCUGAAUGCGGGAAGGCAUUCACUCAGUCGUCCAACCUUUUGACACACUACCGAGUUCACACUGGGGAAACUGUUUAAAUAAGUUGCAUUCUGACCAUCACAGUUGCUGAAUCCAGGUGCAAGUUCAAAAGUGACUUGGUUUUGAAUUCUUAAUUAUUGCUGCUGCUCAUCACACCCAGUUCUACACCUGGGUCCCUGUGCAAGGGAGGAGUUUCUUCCGCUGAUGAUCUGGAGUUUAAUAUUCUGUAUCUGUGACAAAUAAAUCCGUUCUAUUUUAAA